AUGAUGUUACUCGCGGAGAAGCAAUUCGAAAAGAUAAUUAAAGGUCGCCUAGUAUUCCAAGGCAAUGGAACUCGUGAAUGGUUAUUGCGAGAGGACACUGCAAGUCCAACUGCUUCACAAGAAGCAAUCACCACUACUGGUGUUAUUGAUGCACAGGAAGGUAGAGAUGUAAUGACGCUGGACAUACCUAACGCUUUCAUUCAAAUUUAUAUGCCUGAUGCUAAGGAAGGAGAAGAUUGCGUCUACAUGAAAAUCACUGGCAUGAUGGUCCAGAUAUUGAUUGACAUGGCCCCAGAGUAUCGCGAAUACGUUGUAUUAGAGAACGGAAAGCGAGUAAUCUAUGUGCCGUGUUGCAAUUGA